GGCGGAAGAUGGCGGCGCGGGGCAGGGGCCGGGGCCGGGCGGGCGGAGGCGGGGGCCGGGAGGAGCAGGGGUCGGGGCGGCCGGAGUCGGAGCUGCUGCUGCUGCACCCGGAGCUGCUCUCGGAGGAAUUCCUGCUGCUCACCCUGGAGCAGAAAAAUAUACUAGUUGAAAAUGAUGUAAAGAUGGACAAAGAUGGCCUCACUGAUCUGUAUAUUCAACAUGCCAUUCCCCUGCCUCAACGUGAUUUACCAAAAAGUAGAUGGGGGAAGAUGAUGGAAAAGAAAAGACAGCAAAAUGAGUUGAAAAGUGAGAAUAAAAGCGUGACAACGGUAGAAGGUUUACGGAAGCGACCAUUAAUUGUAUUUGAUGGCAGUUCAACAAGUACAAGCAUAAAGGUGAAGAAGACAGAGAAUGGAGCUGCUGAUCGCCUGAAACCUCCUCCAGCUGGAAGCACCACCAACACUGUUAGAAGAUUAUCAGCUCCUUCAAAUACCUCAACAUACAUUUCAGCCUCCAGUUUAUCAGAGGACUCUAAGCUGGAAAUAAGGAAUAGUGAGGCUAAGCAGAACAAUAUUUCAAAGACUAACAGCAGUGUGUUGGCUAAUCUGAAGGUAUAUCCUUUGACUCCAGUAGCAGGAACUACUGUUGUGAAGUUGAAGAGGGCUGUUCCAAAAGAAGAAUCUGAUUUGCCGAAUGAUCUAAAGCCUACGGAAGCAAAGAAGAAAAUCCAGCAUGUUACGUGGCCAUGAAGUAGCUAAUGGUGCUUGAAACGUAAAUUUUACUUCCAUAUUUUCAAACAGAUAAGUUAUAUUUAAACAGUUGAAGUACUAUUCUUUUUAAACCUUACAGGGAUUCAUUCAGAUUGCUGUGAAGUUUUAACAAGUUUAAAAGUUCCCUGUUGUAAAGCCAGAGUCAUUAUCACCAAUCACCUUAAGAGUGUCUACUCUUGUGCACCAAGUAGUUCAUUACUUCUUUAAAACGUGGUAAUAUUACAGUAUACUAACCACCCACUUUUAGUUUUCAAGAUUAUUAUAGUUCAUCUCCUGCAUGUCCCUACACUUCACACAUACAAAUAUAUAUACACCUUUUGUUGUUUUGGUAAGACUCAAUUUUGGUCCACUUCUAGUUGAAUAGUUAAAAUAGCUAUUGCAAUUCAGAGUUAUCCCAAGAGCUUUCUUGGCUUCUAAAAGAUAAUUCGUUUAGAUGAGAAGACUAACCAUUCUACUGAUAAGAUGGUCUGAAACAAUUGUUUUUUCCUUUUUGUUAUACAGAACAAGAGUGUAGAAUUUACAGUGCAAGUUAGGUUGGUAAUAAGAGAUGAACUAUUUAACAGCAUUACUUCAAAUUGAAGUUUCUCUUAUUGGCAUAUGAAAUAAGAAACGCACAGAUGGAAGUAUAUUAUUAGAUUGGUAUGUGAAUCUUUGAGAGGAAGUAGUGAAUGGAUUAGUGCCAUGUCUCUUAAAUACACAGGCAGAUUUUACACAUUCAUACGUGUAAAAUGUGCUGAUGUAGCAGCUUGCUUGUUGUCCUGGAUAUAGUCAUGAUUAAAAAAUAUGGGGAAAACCUGUGGAAUGGAGACCAGUGCUUUUUGAACUUCCUAACCAUUGGAGAGGGCCACGGAUAGUAAAAUAAAGAAGUACCCUGAGAGCAUUAACACUUGUAAUUGCACUCUUAAAAAAACAAACAAACAACAACCUGCUUUCCCUUCUUUUGGUAAUCUAAAAUGGGGAUGGGUUUUCUGUGAAACUUGGUGUUUCAUCUGGAUUAUUGGUAGUGCUUUAUAAGGCAGAAAUCUAGUAAAGUUGAUGGAAACAUUUUUAUUAAGACUCAGUGCCUCACGGUGAAGCCAAUUUAGAUACAUUUUAUAUAUGGAUGGUAAAUAAUAACAACACUUCCAGACUUAUUAAAACAAAACCAAAAAAGGUAUCAACUUCUGAAUCCAUUUAGUUAACCCACUAAAAGAAGCUGUCAGUAGUGAUUUGAAAGCUUGUUUACAUUUUUAACAUUGGUUAAUACUGAAACCAAAACCUGUAGCUUAAUUCAUUUCUGACAGAAAUUCUCCAUUCACUGUUACGACAUAAAAGGCACUUCUUGAAUGCUGUAAAAUGGUAAGGAUGUGUGUUUUGAAAUAUUGUGUGCUGUUACCCUUUUACUAAACACUUGUGCAAUUUUUGUACUUGAGUACAGCAAACUCUAACAUAAUGUACAUUUUGUAUGUAAAGAGUUGUCUUUUAAGUAGCCUUAUCCUAUUGAAAUAAAUUUAAUUAAAAGCAAAUAAA